AUGACAAAUAUAACUGUUGAUAAUAAAAGUCUACAUUAUAUUUCAGUCAUUAAUUUGGAACGUUUUCCAUUCAGAAGAGAAGCAAAACGAACAAUUAAAAGUUUACCCAUUAACAAUAUUCUUCGACAUAUUGUACCAACUAUAUCAUUCAAACGUAAUCAUAAUGGGAUUACAUUAUAUUGGACAAAAAAAAUACAAUCAGCACAAGAUUCUAUUGAAUAUUAUCGAAUUAUGGUUGAUAACAAAGAAUAUGGUCCUCGAAUUUCACCAUAUGAUGAAACGAAAUUUCAAGUUAAUCUUGAACCUGGAAAACAUGACUGUUAUGUUGCCGUUGUACCAAAAGAUGAGACACAAGAUACUUUGAAAACAAAUGUUCUUAAAAUCGAUGGACCACGCGAAGUAAAGGAUAGUAAACAAAAGAAAACUUCUUCAUUUAUUCCAAUACAGAAUGCUUUGCCACAACAAGAUAUUCCAAUACCAAAAUUAAGUUUACAAACCAUUAGUUCAUCAGCGAUAAGAACCAACUGGUAUUUAGAUCGUCCACUUCCGCAAGAUGCCUAUAUAGCCAUGUAUGAAUUGCAUGUGCGUGGAAUGGAUUUUCCAGAAAAAAUGAAAAGUGAUGAAAGUUUCGAAAAUAAUGGAAUAACUGAACAUGUGUGGUAUAUCAGCAAACCUCCUCUAGAAAUCGAGGGUAUCUCGGAACGAAUUGAUUAUACGGUAUUUGUUCGUGGUUUUUUUCAUAUGCAUGGAGUUACUGAUAUAAAAUAUGCGUCAUCAACAUCAGCUGAAUUGAGUACAUCACGAUAUAAUCCAUUGGCUGAACUACUUAUUCGUCCAUUACUUAAAGUUGCUCGAGCUUCUGUUGUAUGGUCUAUAGAUCAAUCGGUUGAUGAAUCAUUAAUUAAAGGUUAUCGUUUAAUUGUUAAUGGAAAACCCGCUGAAAUUUUGGCACCAACUCAACAUGAAUAUGAAUUUAGCAAUAUAUCACCUGGUACGUCAUAUUUACUUCUAUAUGGCAUAAGAUAUAAACGUUUAUUUACUCUUUUAAUAGGUAGUACGAAUGAAAUUCAAGUAUCUGUUACAUCGCAUCCGGAUUGGGUUGAUGAAAAAAUAUCUGAACCCGUACGCAUCUUUUGUCCAAAGAAACCUUCACAGGCUAAAAUAACCGCUCAACAGUCAACAAAGCCGUUUGGUAUUGCUAUCAAAUGGCAAACAGUACAAACAGAAAAUGAUGAUAUAGUUUCAUAUAAAAUUUUUCUUGAUGGUAAAGAACGAGAAGAACUACCAACAAAUGGACGUACAUCAUUCAAAUAUGAAAUCAACGAUUUAAAACCUGAUCAAACAUAUUCGGUUUAUAUAAAGGCUGUUAUUGGUCACAAAAAGUUAGAUGGUUAUGUAUAUCAAUGUCAAAUAGAGAGUCUACCAUCAAAUGAAUUGUCACUGAAAUGUUCAGCUCCACCUAAAAUUCCUCCACCACGAUUGGAAAGAAUGUCUCCUAAUGGCGUCGAUAUUGUCUGGGAUACGCCUGUUGAAUAUGGUGACGCUAAAUUAACAGGCUAUCAAAUACUGAAAAACGGCAAAGCUAUUGGCAAACAAUUACCGAUAGAAAAAAAUCGCGCAUCUAUAACAGAUUUAGAAGUCGGUAAUCGUUAUUCUUUACAGGUUGUACCGUUGACUGAUCAUCCAAGCGGAAAUGCUUUUCGAAUUGGAGAAGAAUAUGAUCCAGAGAGACAUUUUUCAGUCGGACCGAAAUUGGAUAUUGAAUACACAGAUUUAGUUGAAAUUCCGAAAAAAAUUUGGAUUGAAAAUAUAACGGGACACGGAGCUGUUGUAUGUUGGACGCCGUGUAAUUCAUUAAGUAGUAAUGUAAUACCAGAUCACUAUAAAUUGUAUUAUUGGCUACAAAAUGAAACUCGCAAUGAAGCAACCAUGUUACAAGUGUCUAAAGAUGUAAAAUCAAAAGAAUUAAAUGAACUCAAAUCAUCAACUGGAUACAAAAUUCUUUUAGAAGGUUGGAAAAGACGUCGUCAUAAUACAACAAAUGAUCAAUAUGUUGUUGUCACCUCAUCAGAUCCAAUAACGUUUCAUACCGGUUCUCCACCAGAUCCUCCAACUUCUUUUCAAGUCAUUGCCUGUACAAACAAUGCAGCUCGCAUUUCUUGGGAUCCAUUUUUAGAACAUAACGCCGAAAUCGUUGCUCUUCGAAUGGAUUGUAUCGUUGUUGAUGAAACAUCACAAGAUAAUCGACAUUUGACACUUGAAUUGACACCGGAUUCAACUGAAGUUAUUUUACCAAAUUUAGCUGAACGUACUUCAUAUAAAGUAACAGUGACAGCCGUAACAGAUGAGUAUCUAUUUGAAAAUAAAAUUCGAGAUAUAUCACAAUUAUCAAAAAAAUUAAAAUCGGACAAAUGGUUACCAAAUAAGAGUUUAAAUUUGACAACAGGUGGUGCUGAACCAGCAACAAAUUUACAAUUUAAGAUUCGUAAUGCCGAUUCAAUACAGAUAGACUGGACUUUACCGAAAGCUUACGGUUCAACACGCCUUGUGGGCCAGUGCGUUCGAUGGAUGCUAGAAAACAGUGAUGAACACACCUUAGAUGUCGAUCCAUUAACUACAUCAGCCGUCAUUAGUGGAGUAUUACCUUCAGGUUUUUAUACGGUAAAUCUAGACUCAAUAUUUAGUAUAAAAGUUAAUUUGGAAUCGGAUGACAAUAAUGACAGUGGAAGAAAAGAAGUACGAUAUUCAACAAGCGAAUCCAGCACGCUCCAUUUUCGAACACCAGCUAUGUGUGAAAAACCCGAACUAUAUUUAACGGGUUACAGUACGAAAACAAUUGAUUUAACAUGGAAUAAACCGAAUAUGUUUACUAUUAUCGAUCAUCCAGAAAAGAUAAAUGAACAAGUUAAAUUACAUCGUCGUUUAUUAGGAUACCGAGUUGAUGUCAAUGGAGAAGAAAAGCGUGCACUCGAUGAUGAUCAAUAUCAAUGUACGCUGACAGAAUGCCUACCAAAUGAGGAAUAUAAAAUUCAAUUAUAUGCCAAAACUACACUACAAACAGAAUAUCUAAAUGACAAAUUAUCAUCGAAAAAUAAUAGUGCAACUGAUAAUGAAGCAGAUGAAACACCAUCCAAAAAACUUCGAGUUCGUGUAUUAAGUGAAAAAGAUGUUUUAAAAUCCGUACAUGCCAGUUUUGAAUUUCAUCAUUAUGUUACCAAUGAGAAUACUAGUGAAGAAAAAAAUGAGAUAAAACCAUUGGGAAAAAUACAUAUACGAUGGAGUGUCACAGAUACAAAAAAUAUAUCACAUUUUAUUUUACAAUGGCGUUCAUCAAAGGAUUUACGCACUCAGCAAUUAACAUUAGGUAGCACUGAAAAAGAACAUGUAUUAGAUUCGUGUGAUGAAAAACAUUUCUAUAGUAUUGAUUUGAUUAUUGUUAUGAAUGAUGGCACACGAAAACAAUAUGAUCAAUUAACAAUGCCUAUUCCAGGAGCACCAGAUUCACCAAAGUUAUGGUUAGUAAAAACAACUGAUAAUAACUUCAUUAUUGAAUGGUCAGAGCCAAAAUCGUAUGGUAUACCGGUUAUUGGGUUCCAAUUGUUUAUCGAAGGAAAAAAAGUGGGUGACAUCAUUGAAGUUAAUCUAAGACGAGCUGAAAUUCCAUCACGUAUCAACCGUACAUACCAAGUUAAUGUAUGUGCCGUGACAGAUAAUCCAGAACGAGCUUUAUCUGCUCUGUCUCGAACUCUCUCUGUUAUUACCACACCUACAACAAAUUUAAUGCCAACGGUUUAUUAUGAUAAUGAUGAUAACGGUGGAUUUGAUAAAACAAUUGCACGCAUUAUUCCCGUACAAAUUGAUUCAAUCAAUGAGGAAAAGUUACAUAUUGAUUGGUCAUCAUUUCUAUCAUCAAAAGUUGUUCAAGCAUACUACAUACAAUAUACAUGUUUGAAUAAUGGUGAUGUACAGGCAAUUAAAGUGUCAAAACGACAUCGACACACAGUCUUGAAAGAUUUAAGACCUGGCUUUACUUAUGGGAUUAUGGUAAUGGCUGUUGAUAAAAAUGGUGGUGUUCUCUAUACGUCAGAUAAAACAACAAUUCAAAUGUCGGCACCACCAAAUGCUCCUUGGGUAACUAUUCGUGACCGAGCAAGUGAUCAUGUUACAAUCGAAUGGAAACCGGCUACCAGUUACGGUGACCUGGCAGUGGUUGGCUAUAAAAUAUUUAUUAAUAAUCGAUUAGCGGCUAUACUUUCACACGAUCAAUUAACUUACACGUUAUCAAAUGGUACGCCGUGUGAAACCUAUACAGUUCAUGUACAAGCAUUAAGCAACGAUAAAACUAUUACAAGUCCAAUGUCACGAAGUUUAGAGUUUACAUGGCCCGGAAUAAGACCAGGAGUCAUGCGACGAAUAGAUGAUGGUCAGGGGGGCCCAGUGAUAAUGGUCUGGGAUGAUCCAAAAUUAGAAGAAAAUGACAAUUUAGUUGCUUUUAAGGUGUUUUCUGAAAAUGCAGCCACUCAUGAAAUUCGAAUGCACGGUGAUCUGGAUGCUUCAACCCGUCAAGUACAAAUUCAUGAUUUACCCAAUGGAAAAUAUCGUAUAUGGCUUGAAAUACAAAGUUCUCAAUAUUGUGUUCGUGCGAGACCACUAUCGGUAUUAAUCGGCAGACCGAGCUCUAUGCGACAUCGUCGUUCAUCAUAUGAUACAGCCAAAUGCUUUAUGAAAAAACAUAAACGGUACGUGGUUUUCGAUACAGAACUCCUCUUUAGCGAUGACCGAUGUAAAAAUUUCAUGCCUCGAAUGCAUUUAGCAUUGCUGGCAGAUGCAUUUGGACGCAUCUGGGAUGAAGCAUCUGAAAUGAAACUUUUUCAACCAGAUAUGUUUCGAUGCUUAUUAUUUUUACAAUCAAUGACAACAUUACACAAAAUUUUAUUUUAUGAUUCCAAAAGCUACGAUGAAACAACGUUCAAAAAAGCGAAUGAAAUAUUACAUGGAAAAGAUAAAUUACAUUUGACAUUUUUGAAAAGUAAAUUAACUGAAGAAACAGUGAGUGAAGCAAGCGGCUUCGAUGGAAUAUGUGUAUUUGUUAAUGAUACACUCCAUCAAACAGUGUUAAAUGAAUUAAACAAAUUAAAUGUAAAAAUCAUUGCAUUAAGAAGUGCUGGUUUUAAUAAUGUUCAUUUGGAGACUGCUGAAAAACAUGGCAUUAGAGUUGUUCGUGUUCCACGAUAUUCACCAUAUGCAGUGGCCGAACAUUCAAUUGCACUAUUAUUAGCAUUAAAUCGAAAUAUGCACAAAGCAUUUCAUCGAACAAAAGAACAUAAUUUUUCACUUGAUGGCUUAGUCGGAGUUGAUUUAUUUGGAAAAACUGUUGGUAUUAUUGGUACAGGUGGUAUUGGUUGUAUAGCAAUCAAUAUUUUCCUUGGAUUUGGUUGCAAAGUAUUAGCACAUGAUAUAGUGCCUAAUUUGAAAUACGCAGCAGAAAAAGGUUUCGAAUAUAAAUCACUAGAUGAAUUAUUACACGAAAGUGAUAUUGUAUCUCUAUAUGCUCCACUUCUUGAUUCAACGUAUCAUUUAAUUAACAAAGAAGCAUUCGACAAGAUGAAAAAAGGUGCAAUGCUAAUUAAUACAUCACGUGGUGGAUUAGUUGAUUCAAAAGCAUUAGUUGAUUGUCUAAAAUCAGGAAAAUUACGUGGCGCAGCGUUGGAUGUUUAUGAAUUUGAAACAAAUUAUUUUUUUAACGAUUAUUCACAAAGAGUUAUGGAAGAUGAUACAUUGGCACGUUUAAUAUCGAUGCCAAAUGUUUUAUUAACAAGUCAUCAAGCAUUUCUCACCGAAGAAGCAUUGACCAAUAUUGCAGAAACAACGAUAAAAAAUUUCUUGGAUUUUUUUGAAGGAAAAGAAUUACAAAAUGAAGUUAUAUCACCAUGA